GAUUAAAAAUGACCAAGCCCAUUCUGUACACAAUUCACGUGAGUCCACCGUGUCGGACCGUGGAACUUUGCAUCAAGGCACUGGAUAUUGAAGUGGAACAGAGGGUGGUUGAUCUGUUGGCCGGAGAGCACCUGAAGCCGGAGUUCCUCAAGAUGAACCCCCAGCAUACCGUACCGGUGCUGGACGAUAACGGCACAAUCGUUUGUGAAAGCCAUGCCAUCAUGAUUUAUUUGGUGUCCAAGUACGGAAAGGAUGAUAGCUUGUACCCGAAAGAUCUGGCCCAACAGUCCAGAGUCAACGCUGCGCUGUUCUUUGAGAGCAGUUUUCUGUUUGCUCGUAUGCGGUCUAUAUGUGAACCGAUUUUCUUCAACGGCGUCGGUGAUAUCCCAACGGACAAGGUUGAAUAUGUACAGAAGGGCUACAAAUUGCUGGAAGACACCUUGGUGGAUGACUAUGUUGUUGGGAACUCGAUGACCAUUGCGGAUUUGUGCUGCGGCUCAACCAUUUCCACGGUAAUGGGAGUCGUCCCAAUGGAUGUGGACAAGCAUCCGAGGAUCUACGCUUGGCUGGAUCGCUUGAAGGCGCUGCCCUACUACGAAGAAGCCAAUGGAGGCGGUGCCAAGCGGAUGGCUAUGGCCGUGUUGGCUACGAAAGAUAAAAACGCACAGCAAUAG